CAAUUGUUUCGUUCCAGUGCUGAAAGCCUGCUUCGCUGUGGCUCGGCGUGAAAAGUGAGGGGAAGUGAUGUGUGAGAACCGCAGCAGGGAAGGAGAAGGCAGCUGGGAAUUUUGCCUGGAGCGCGGCAGGCUGGAGAUCUGUGGCUAGAAGUAAAAGAAGCAUAAGGAAGAGAUGAGGAGAGAGCAAGGGGGACUGAAGUUUGAAGCUGGGCCGGUGUGAAGGAUGAGGUUGGAGGAGGUGGGUGAUGAGUACAAGUGGACUUAAAAAAGGAGGAGACAGGAAGAUGACAGAAGAGGAGAGCUUUGCCUUAUAGGGGAAACAGAAAGGAUCAACAGAGCGUUUCACAAGUUUCUACACAACAGUUUGCAUAUAUGGGAACUCAACACACUCUCAAUCUCACGUUAAAACGAUGCUUCAGACUGGAUGUGUAUCUGCUGCUGUUAAAAAGACCUCAGAGGAGAACCUUCCAGCUGUGGCUUCAGCGUCACUCUGCCUAGGAUCUGCGUCUCGGCACCUUUGCUGCACCCUCUGUCUCGGUCUGCUAACCUGUGAUUUGAUGUGUGCAUGCUCACACCCACAAUGUUGCAACACUAGACAGUCACAAAAGCAGCUCCUCCUCAUAAGCAGCAGGUCCCUGGAAGCAGCCGAGCUGUCAGUGACUUGCUGCAAACGCAUGCCUGCUCUCGGCCCCGAGCUCUCCGCUCUGUUUUUUUUGUUUCUAAAGUUCCUGCCAAGGAAGGAGGAGGAUGGAAAGUGUGGCUGGAGAGAAGAGACAGAAAGCAGAAAGAGAAAGCUGAGAAACUGAGAGGCUAGGAAGAUCUGACAGCUCCGAUCUGGCUCGGCGGACUGGAGGAUCCCUACAAGUGAUCCCUUGCUUUUGGGUCAAUCCGGACCUUUUGGCGUUCUCUUAAACUGUUUCAUUUCCUCUCUCUUCUUUUGCCUCCACCAUGCGAAGAGACCGCUUCCUGCUGGCUGCAACCCUUGGAGCCCUUUUCUCUGCAGAUUUUUACUUCAUCCUUCUGCCAAAGCUGCAGAGCAGGAGACAUAGAGCGGCAAACAGUUGCUCCUGUAGUCCCGACACCAACCUCAGCCUCCCCAGGUUGGAGACUCUCGCCACACCAUACCUCUCCAACUGGACUCACGCGCCUCUGUCCAGUGCUGCGACUACACCUGAACUGGAUGAUGGAGGCUCCAAGCUGCAGAGGCUGUUCUCCCACCCUCUCUACAACAUCCAGACUCCGGAGUUGCAGCCAGAGGAGAAGCUGCUGCAGGCGAAGCAGCUGAUGGAGUACUACGGGAGGAAGGUGUCGCACUGGGAAAGACGAAAGAAGCUCUUUGAAGAGGCAGCUACUUUGACCAACAUCUCGUUGAUGGAGCAAAAGAUGACUUAUGAUCCGAACGCCAGCUGGCUGAGGUUCCACCUGGGAAUCAACCGCUACGCCCUGUACGACCGGGACGACCCCGCCGUCCUCCAGCUUCUCACCGACAUGCAGAACAUGACCAUCGUUGGCGCAGAUUACACCCAGGAUGAGAAAGCUCUAAAAGGAGCGUGUGACUGCACUCAAGUGGUGAAACCGAGCGGCCAUCACCUGAAGCUGGCUCUGAAGAUGAGCAACUUUGGCAAAGCGAUGUUUAAACCGAUGAGGCAGCAGAGAGAUGAGGAAACUCCAGGGGACUUCUUCUACUUUGUGGACUUCCAGAGACACAACGCAGAGAUCGCAGCCUUCCACCUGGACAGGAUCCUGGACUUCCGGAGGGUUCCGCCGGUGGCCGGCAGGCGAGUCAACGUAAGCGGAGAAGUCCUCCAUGUUGCCCACAACGAAGACCUGCGGGCCGUGUUCUUCACCUCACCAGCAAACAACACGUGUUUCUUCGCCAAGUGCCUGUAUGUGUGUAAGACGGAGUACGCUGUGUGCGGGGGCCCCGACCUGCUGGAGGGCUCCCUGUCCGCCUACCUGCCGGGCCUCACUGUGGCUCCUCGCCUCUCCAUCCCGAAUCCAUGGAAACGCUCCUACACCUUCUCCGGACGAGAAGAGUGGGAGGUAAAUCCUUUCUACUGUGACUCCGUUAAACAGGCGUAUCCUUAUAACUCUGGCAACAGGUUGCUCAACAUUAUAGACAUGUCCAUCUUUGACUUCCUGAUAGGUAACAUGGACAGACACCAUUAUGAGAUUUUUACCAAGUUUGGAGAUGAAGGUUUACUUCUGCACUUGGACAACGCCAGAGGGUUUGGGAAGCAUUCCCAUGAUGAGAUGUCCAUCCUGGCUCCACUGUCUCAGUGCUGCAUCAUAAAGCGUUCCACGCUGCUGAGACUCCAGCUCUUGGCCCGACCACGCUUCAGACUCAGCGAUGUGAUGAGAGAGUCUCUGGAUGGGGAUCCUUUAAGGCCAGUGCUGACCGAGCCCCACCUGUUGGCGCUGGACCGCAGACUGCAGAAGGUCCUGCGGGCGGUGCAGCGCUGCGUCCGGCGGCUCGGCCAGGACCAGGUCAUCACUAAGGACUUCACAAGACCCACAGCGACUCCUCAGAGUGCAACGCAGAGGGGGAACAACAGGUAGCCGAGGACUGAGCUGCUUUUGGUCAACAGAAGCUGCCUGGGAGACUUUAGUGAUGACCUGCAGUCACCAUGGAAACCGAGGAGGAUCAGACUGGAGCUGAAGGAACAAGAUGUCAGGAGAUCCUUAAUGAGAACUUGGACAAAGAAGGAAACGCUACAGGGCCGAGCAAAGUUCAAAACGUCUCAUCAUUUAAAUUAAGCUAAACUACAACUGCCGUCAUAAACACAUACACACACACGCUCACACACACCAUCAUAAGCAACAGAGAUAAAGAAUCCUCAUCAUACUGGUGCCUCUGGAAAAGAUGAGUGAAAAGUCUUAAAAUGCAGUAGACCUGUUUUUUCUUGCAGUAGCAGAGUUUACAUCGGCACAGUUUGAAAAUUCUACCUUUAAUAUUAAUCCAUUUAUUCUUGUGGAAAAAAAAGAGAUCCUAUUUUGACAAAUUAUGAAUUUUUAACUGAAUCCUCAAACCAAAUCUGUAAAAAAAAAAAAAUAAAUCUGUUUUUAAUUGCCUA